AUGGCGGCGGCGGGCGGCUCGGGCCCGGCAGGCCCUGGGGUGCUGGGGGCGGCCGGCUGGGACGGGGACUUCCUGGCGCGGUACCGGCUGGUGUCGGCCAAGCUGCGGAAGCGGUUCCUGCGGAAGCCGAACGUGUCGGAGGCGGCGGAGCAGUUCGGGGUGCUGGCCCGGGAGCUGCGGGCCCAGGAGAGCCUUCCCUACGCCGCCUGGUGCCAGCUGGCCGUGGCCCGCUGCGCCCAGAGCCUCUUCCACGGGCCCGGCGAGGCGCAGGCCCUGACCGAGGCCGCGCGCCUCUUCCUGCGCCAGGAGCGGGACCUGCAGCAGCGGCUGAGCCUGAGCGGCGGCUUCGCUGAGCAUCUGCAGGCUUCGCAUAGCUGCUUCGCCUUCGCCGCCCGCCUGCACCUGGAACUGGGGCAGCCGGCGCUGGCGGCAGGGCUCUGCCUGGAGCUGGGCUCGGCGUUGCGGGAUAUGGAACAACCCGGCCAGGCCGCCCCACACUUCCAGCGUGCUGCCGAGCUGCUGGCGGCCGCUGAGUUGCCCCUGGAGGCGCUGCGCUGCCUGGGCGAGCUGGCCUCCUGUCUGCUGCUCACCCGCGACUACGACGGGGCCCUGGCUGUGCUCACCCAGGCGCAGCUGCUGGCCCAGGCCGGGCCCAGCCCACCCAGCGGCGCCUUCCUAGAGGUGUUGGUGCGUUGCGAGGUGUCCCGGGUGCUACUGCUUCUGCUGCUUCAGCCGCCGCUACCCAAGCUGCUGCCCGAGCACGCCCAGACCCUGGAGAAAUACUGCUGGGAGGCCUUCGAGAGUGGGGCGGGAGCUGGGCAACUCCCCCAGGCAGGGUACCUGCCCCCGGGCCUCUUCCUCCUGCUGCAGUCCACUGUCAUGGCCUGUCAGGAGAAGGACCUGGAGGCACUCAAAGUGCUGCAGGCCGAGCUCUGGCCGCUGCUCAGCCCCGAGCAGAACCACCUGCUCCACCUGGUGCUUCAAGAGAUGAUCAGCCCCUCUGGGCAGGGGGCCUAGUUCCCCCACUCAGACUGGUUUCAGUUGCCUGCUGCCACUUCCAUAGGGGAGAGGCCU